AUGAAUGUCGCCCUGGCCGUGCUGAUCUCGCUGUCGGCCUCUGUCUUGAGCCAGACUCUGCAGGGCGAGACGCCAGCAGAGGACGUGGAGGUGGCCCGGGAGAGGCCAGGGCUGCAGAAUCUCGAGCUUGGCAUUCUGCGGCAGCUCCUGUUUGAGCUGUUGGCAUUGAAGCAGCUCCGUCCACCUGAGGGUACUGAAAACAUCAGCUUCCAGGAGAUAACCUCGAAGCUCUGGAAGGGGCUGCUGAGAAUGCAAGAUCGGUUGUGGCAGUUGGCAAUCGACACCAACAUAAUGCCGGAAUCAGUGCAGGACACGGGCGAGCUUGCAGGUCCACAUGGAAUGCUGGCCUGGGAGUCCGCUGGAUCAAGAGUAACAGUUCUUCGGCCUGCGGCAGCGGGUGCUCGACUACCUGAGCUCCAGAGCUGA